AUGGGCAAACUAUUGUUCCUUGGGGAUUGCAUAGAUUUCACCAUUACUUCCAAUAUUUCUCUCACUGGAAUGGUUCUUUCAUUAAUCUUUCAAGCGACCCUCGCGUUUUGGGGUUCAAUUUCAGUGUACUUGUUGUAUCGAUAUGUCAAGUGGUGGUUCUCCCCACUUUGGCAACAAGGCAUUCCCGGUCCUGGAAGACGGGGCUUUUGGUUGGGAGAGUUCGGUCGUAUCCGAAAAGAACCCUUUAUGCAACCACACUUUGGAUGGAUCAACACCAUUGGUAGUUGGGAUGAGCCAAUGAUACACUACUCCAUCAUGUUUGGUCGGCAUUCAUUGAUCAUUCUCGAUCGUAAUAUUAUUCGAGAAAUUCUCAUUGCUCCCUAUGGGAAAACGCCGCUCAAAUACCACAAGAUUGUUGGAAAUGUCAGUAAUAUACUUGGAUGGGGACUGGUCACCGCCGAAGGCGAACAAUGGAUGCGACAUCGACAAAUCAUUCAACCUGCCUUCUUCACACAAGCAUUGAAGGAUGCUUUGAGCACACACGUGCCCAGCAUGACAGCCGAGUUUAUUGAGCAAUGGAAAAAGGCUCCACAGGGGCGAGAGAUUGACAUUGCUUCGCACAUUGCAUCUCUCACCUUGGAUAUCAUUGGUCGGGUCGCCUUUUCCCACGAAUUUCGAGCAUUGGACAGCAUCGAAGAGUGGGCGGAAGACCCGCAAGGCGAGAACAAUCUUGGAGAGAGUAAGGAUCGCUUCGUCCAAGCAAUGGCGACUGUACUCAAACCAAACUUUGUGACAAUUAUCUCCAUUCUGCUCGGCACUCCAGCUCUCGGAAAAUAUUUCAACCCAAGUGUGCGCCAGGGUCGUCGCGCAAUGGACCAAGAAGUCGAUAAGAUUAUUCGUAAUGCAAAAGAUCAACUAGAGAAAUCCAGUGAAAAUGGACACAAGGAGAAAAAAGGUGACAAGUCUCUUUUGACACUGCUAUUGGAAGCCACCAAGAGAGAUUCGAAAUUAUCUCUGAACAAUACGGAACUUAAUGACGAAGUCAAGACCUUUAUCUUUGCAGGUCACGAAACAACAGCGACGUGGUGCAAGAUGGCCAUAUAUGCACUAAUACAGCAUCCAGAAUUCCAGGAGAAAGUGUACCAAGACAUUGCUAAACAUGCGCCGUCUUCACAACUAUUAUUGGAUUUGGAAGUAGUCGACAAGAUGGAAUACUUUAAUGCGUUCAUGCAAGAAGUGCUGCGGAUGUAUCCACCAGUCGGUGCCAUUGCUCGAUACUCGGAUGAGACGAUUACUCUUGCUGGGAAAGAAAUUCCACCCAACACUCGAAUGAUCCUAUCCACCUAUGUGCUCGGACGCCACCCGAAGUACUGGGACGACCCAAAUGAUUUCAAGCCUGAACGAUGGCUGGAUAAGUCCGAGGAGUUUUCUGCCAGAAUCCGCUUUGCCUUUUUCCCUUUCUCUGCUGGUGGUCGCAACUGCAUUGGACAACGAUUUGCAACAAUGGAAGCAAAGCUUAUCAUGGCCGAGUUGAUUCGUUCGUUUGUCUUCAACCUAGCACCAUCACUGAAAGGCACCAAAUUUGAGCUCUCGAAUCUCAUUGUCAUGAGACCCAAGCCGGAUCUGAAAGUGGUGAUCAAAUCUCGCGACAAGGUGCGAUAG